UCCACUGCUGGUGUCUCUCAGCCUUACGUCUGCCCCCACUUUACUCUUUCCUUCUCUCUCAUCAUCACGUCCGGCCUCGAGCCGGCGAUCUCUGACUGAAAGGACGGCGCGGCCGCCGAUGGCCUGAGGGCCGCCGCAUCCGAUCAUCACGUCGGCUCCGAUCUUGUCGGAUUGGGAUUUAGAUCGUUAGGAAGCAGCUUGUUUUGUUGAUCUGGAUCUCUUCUCGAAGACUCAUCUAUUGCGGUGUUUUAUGUGUUCUUGGAAAGAGCUUUCAUUGGGCGACAGUUCUUCAAGGGAUUUUAGUUCUGGCGCUAUUUCGGAGAUCUUUUAUGAUUGAUAGUUAUGCUUAUUUUGACUGGUGUUGUUUGGGAGAUCUCCAAUUUCGUGGUCGAUUUUCGAGAGAAAAAUGGGACUUUGCUGAUAAUUUUUUAACUCGAGGUGUAAUUUUUUUGUUAGAAUGGAGGUGAUUUUGUUCUGUUUAUGUGAAAUUUUGAUUUUUUUGGGGCGGAUUAGUGUGUUGAGUUGAUUCUUCUUUAUUAUUUUUUGAAGAUUGCAAGACAUCUGUUUUCUUCUCGAUAAUCUUCAUAACAUCAGAUCAGAUGGCGAAUUUGGUGGGGUGAUUGGAUCAAGAUACGGGUUUUUUGUGGAGAAAAUGGCAGUGGCUUUCACUCGUUUCUCUGGCUGGAUCUGGGGUGGGAAAGAUUAUGAAUCCCCGAAUUCCCUGAGUGCUUCUCCUGAUCUCUCGUCGGGGUUUAGAGAGCCAGAUUACUUGAAGUUUCCGCCAGUUAGUGGGCCUAGGAUAAGGUCGAAUUCGAGAAGAAUUAAGAAGAAGUGGCAGAGCCGGGAAGAGCGGCGGAUCGAUAAGGAGUAUGACAUCGUCCUUGUGCCCUCGGACGGUGGGUGCAUGUCGGGGUCGGAAUCGUCAGAUUCCGAUUGGUCGAUUGGGUGGUUAGAGCCUCAUGCGCCUGAGUUCCAGAGUGACAGUGAGACCGAGAACAGCAGCUUCGCUGUCUUGGUCCCGUGCUAUGGGCGUGGUCGUUGUGAGCAGGUGGAGAGCUCCAAAACCCAUGUCUUGGGAGCAGUUGAUCGUUUGGACGAUGAUCUCUCUGAUGGCAAGAAGUACAUAGAAGAAUGGCUUUCUUCUCUUUGAUUUACCCAACUAUGUGAUAAUUAAUUGAUAGCUUGGCCUUACAAGAUGUUAUUGAAGAUCAUCAGCUUUUGUCAUUCUAUAGUUAAAAUUAGACAAAAAAAAGAGAAAAAAAUUCAGUGUGAAAGAAGAACAAUCAUGAAGCAAUGGAGUGUCAUAGCACAUAAAAUUCCUGCUGGAUAUUCGCUUGUGAUCUUUUUUGGAAGCAAAUUGUUUCUUACCAUUGGAAGGAAGGCAACUGGAGAAGUUAAGGUAGUAUUGGAGUUUGCAAUUUCAAGAAGCUUUGGAUUAUUAAGCAAUGGAAUGUCUUAGCGCAUAAAAAUCCUGCUGGAUACCACUCACUCAUGAUAUUUUGGAGUCAAAUUGUUCUUACAACUGGAGAAGUUAAGGUAGCAACUGAGUUUAGCAACUUCAGGAAGCUUCAUAUUGUUUUGAUCAUAACCAUGAAGCAAUGGAGUGUUGUAACACAAAAUUCUUGCUGGAUACCAAUCGGUUGUGGUAAUUUUGGAACCAAUUGUUUCUUUCAGCUGGAGAGAAGGCAACUGGAGAAGUUAUGUAAUGGAGUUUUGCAACUUCAGGAAGCUUCUGAUUAUUAAGCUAUGGAAUGUCUGAGCACAUAAAAUUCCUGCUGGAUACAAUUCACCUGUGAUAUUUUGGAGUCAAACUCACUACUGGAGGGACGGCAACUGGAGAAGUUACGAUGGCAAUAAAUUUUUGCCACUUAGGAAGCUUGAGAUUAUUUUCACCAUAACCAUGAAACAAUAGAAUCUCUUAGCGCAUAAAAUUCCUGUUGGAUACCAUUCCCCUGUGAUAUUUUCGAAGCAAAUUGUUUCUCACAACAGCAGAGAAGGCAACCGGAGAAGUUAGGGUAGCAAUGGGGUUUUUUAACUUACGGAUGCUACAGGCUACUAUGACCAUGAUUGUGAAGCAAAGGAGUGUCUUAACCCAUGAAACUCGCGCUUAUAAUUUUUCCAGAAGCAAAUUGAUUUUCACAACGGGAGAAAAGGCAACUUUAGAAGUGUAGCAAUGGAGUAUUGCAAAUUCAGGAAGUUUCAGAUUCUUUUGACUGGGGAUGAGAAAAAUUAGGAAUUGCGUUUAUUCUUUUAUCCCUCUUCUUACUGGAUCCAGAUGGGGAUUUUCACCAUUGCAUUAUGUACUUACUGAGACUAAACAAUGUAACUACUACUGUACAUAGGGAGCCAUCCUUUUCCAAUUUUGCUGUAAAUAUUAUGCUUUAGGAAGGCCAAGCUCCUUGUUGCUUUGUAGGGCAGAAUUCUUUUCCAAAAGUCAUAUAUGUUUAUAAGAAAAAGAUAAUUCUACUGCA